AACCAAAAGUACGAAAAAGAAAAACAGAUAAUACGCGAGAGGAGAAUACGAAAGUAAAACCGCAGCGCUGCCAAUAAGACAUUUAUUUAUUUUAUCAAAAUAUCAAUAAUAUAUAAAUAGUGCAAUUUACAACGUAUUUUACGGUGUGUGGCGUGUGUGCCAACGCAUUGCAUUUGGUGUAGCACACAAAUAAAAAAAGAAAGAAAAAAGUGAUAAAAAGUAAAGUACAAAGAAAGGCAACUUAACUUCACAAUUUGCCGAUUCCCAAAUCCCGCUGCGGACAAAGGAUAAUUAAGCAAACGGUAUAAACAAACUAGAGCAACAACACAGUCACGACUCGACGAUGUCAACCGGAAGGCCCAUAAAAUGUGUCGUCGUUGGCGACGGUACUGUCGGAAAGACUUGCAUGCUAAUCUCCUACACAACAGAUAGUUUUCCCGGUGAAUAUGUGCCUACAGUCUUCGAUAAUUACUCGGCACCUAUGCAAGUGGACACAAUACAAGUGUCGCUGGGAUUGUGGGAUACAGCCGGUCAAGAGGACUAUGACCGCUUGAGACCGCUCUCCUACCCACAGACAGAUGUUUUCCUGAUAUGCUACAGUGUGGCGAGUCCCUCGUCAUUCGAAAAUGUCACCUCCAAAUGGUAUCCAGAGAUCAAACAUCACUGCCCCGACGCUCCCAUCAUACUUGUUGGCACCAAAAUCGAUUUGCGUGACGAUCGCGAGACAUUGAGCGGCUUGGCCGAACAGGGUUUGACGCCGCUUAAGCGCGAGCAAGGUCAAAAGUUGGCGAAUAAAAUACGCGCUGUGAAAUACAUGGAAUGCUCCGCCUUGACGCAGCGCGGCCUCAAGCAAGUAUUUGAGGAAGCGGUGCGCGCUGUACUGAGGCCAGAGCCGUUAAAGCGACGCCAGCGAAAGUGUUUAGUUAUGUAAAUAAGCAGCGUGUUAUUUGCUUGGAACCGGCGACAAUGGAUACUCAGAAUCGAUGUAGAAAACAGCGACAAACAGCAAAGAGACAGAGAGAAAACGAGAGAUACCCUCACUCCAUAAUACAGAUACAAAAGAAAACAACAUUCAUACACACUAAUAAACCAAGGGAGCGCCCUCAUCUCUACCUAAGCGUGAACAAAUCAAUUCGAAUAUUUGAUUCAUUGAGCAUGAACAUAAUUUUUAAUAAUUGUAUAAGUUGAAAGUAUUUUUUGCAUACUAUUUUAUUUAAAACCACACAUAUGGCACAAACAAAACACUACGACUCCCUCCCAUUAGAACUAAAAAAAAAAACAUACAAAAGAAAAUAAGUAAAACUAAAUAACAAGAAUUCAGCAGCUACACAUAUUGAAAUCUAGUCAAUUGAAUCAAAUGUAUUGUACUAAUUUUAAUCAACAACAGCAGCAGCACAGCGGCAGGGGCAGCAGAUUAAGAAAUUUAUAUGAAAUGCAAGCAGCUUGAAAACAAAAAACAAAAUUGGUUUCGCAUAUCAGUGCUAAAAGAAAAUCAAUAUUUAUACAAAUCCUAACUUUGAUUAAAUGUAUUAUAAUUAUGUAGCCAAGGCGUUUCCUAAUUUCAACAAUAACCAAUUAUCACAUGACGAUGAGCUCAUAGAGAAACGAAACUAAAAAAAAAACAAAUAACAGUUUAUACGAUACUUUAGCAUAACCCUAUUUUUUUCAAACUACUAUAUUUGCUUUGCUCGAAACAUCGAAGCAUAAUCAUUUGAAAUUGUCUUUUCAAAUUGUAAUAACUGUUGUUUAUUAUUUUAUAAUAACUUAUUUAUUGUCCUAACUUUAAAAUUGCAAUGUAUAAACAACUUUUACGGCUUAAGUAUAUAGCGGAAAGUGUGAAUAGGAAUGGAAAUGGAAUGGCAAACUGCAUUUAAAUGUGACUUGACUCGAAUCAAAAAAAAAAGAA